UACACAACCUGGUCCACCGUUGGUCUCUGCCACUUUCUUCCAUUCGUCUUCCCCUGGUUUACCUCAAAAACUGUUUAUUCAUUCAUUUUCCCAAUCCCACCGCCAAAAAUCUAGUGAAAAUCGAAAUCUCAAAUCCAGAAAAGAAGCAAAAUGUCAGACGAUGAAGCAGUGGAAGAGUACCUAUUCAAAAUAGUGAUAAUAGGGGACUCAGCCGUGGGAAAAUCCAACCUUCUCACUCGAUAUGCACGUAACGAGUUCAAUGCUCACUCCAAGGCAACCAUAGGGGUGGAGUUUCAGACCCAGAGCGUGGAGAUUGAUGGCAAGGAUGUUAAGGCUCAGAUUUGGGACACUGCAGGCCAAGAGCGUUUUCGUGCUGUGACUUCUGCUUAUUACAGGGGUGCUUUUGGUGCAUUGUUGGUUUAUGAUAUUAGCAGGAGAGCUACUUUUGACAAUGUUGCUCGAUGGCUCGAUGAACUCAACUCACAUUCUGAUACGACAGUGGCAAGGAUGCUGGUGGGAAACAAAUGCGAUUUGGAAAAUAUCAGGGAAGUGACUUUGGAAGAAGGUAAAAGCUUGGCAGAAGCAGAAGGCUUGUUUUUCAUUGAGACAUCUGCACUUGAUUCCACCAACGUCAGAACUGCGUUUGAGAUUGUCAUUCGAGAGAUCUAUAACAACGUGAGCAGGAGAGUCUUGAAUUCUGAUUCAUACAAAGCUGAGUUAACUGUCAAUAGGGUGAGCCUUGUGAAUGAUGAUGGCUUAAGGCAAACUCAGACCAAGAACUCAUGCUGUUCUUGAUAGGUUCUGUUCAAUUUGAUACAGUGCAAAUGAAGGGUUCCUCAUAUUUCUGUACUUUUUCUUCCCUGCAUUAAGGUCGUCGCAGCUGGAAGGAUGUGAGACAUAUUAGCCUUAUCCAAUUUGAUAGAAUUAAAAUUGAAACUUUUGGUUGCCUGCUGAUACAUGGUUAUCUUCUUAUGUACUAAAGUGAUACAAAUUAAGUUCAUAUGUAUCCCAAACUGUUUUGGAUAUGUAUUAACUAUAAAGCGUAAUGAUAACAUUAAGCUCACCUUAAUAGCAUUCAAUUUAAAUCAAUAAUCAGAAUUUGGGA